AUGUCUUCACGUGCACCGAAACAAUGUUCAAUAUGUAGAAGUCCAUUAAACACUGGAGAACUCGAUGAAAUCACAACUUCAUGCGGACAUACAUUUCAUCGUAAAUGUGCACAAAAGCGUUUAGAUCGAUAUAAUAAAACAGAUUGUCAAGUCUGUCGUCGAGAAUGUGCUCUUGGCGAUGCUUUAUCCAAGCAGAAUACCACCCCACCCAAAUCUGGCCGACGAAGGAAAAGCUCUGUUUCUUCUGCUCAUUCGCAUCAUGCAGAUAAUCGCGAGUCUUCGCAUUCACCCACCACAAGUGACAAAAACAAGGAGCAUGAUGAGCUAACAGAGGAUAAUCAUGAUCGUCGACCACUCUCUUCUCCAAGGAUGCAAGGCAAUGACACCGUUUAUGUUGUUAAUUUACCACCGGACAUCAAAGAUGAUUUCGAUCUAACCAAUGCAGUUCGGACUCAUGUGGAGAAUAGUCUUCAAAUUUCGAUCCGUGACAUCAAAUGUUAUGGGAAACUCGGUGUUGGCGUUAUUCGAGUUCCUGAUAGACAAACAAAGAAUCGUCUUGUCCAAUCGAUUCAAGAAAUAACAUUGAAUGUGGGAGGAAAAUCAAAUACGAUUCAAUUCGUUGAUACAUUAGAAUUGAUUUCAUUUGUUGUACUGGAAAUAAACAAAGAUUUGUCAUAUCCAAGUGCAAAAGAGAUUAAUGUUCGUUGGAAAGAUCUCUAUGGAGGAGAAAGACCUCGGUCAUGUGAACAAUUUGAUCGUUAUUUUCCAAAUAUUUAUCGUUUAGUAACAACAUCACUGGAUGAAAUAUUACAAAUUAUGCAUAAUUCAGAUUUCUCUGUGAAAAAACAAAAUGGUCGAGUUUAUUUCUGUGCUAAUUGUAGUUUUCUUACAGAUUUACCUACAUCAACAUUUGAAGAUGAAAUUCGGUCAAGUAUUUGUACAGCUAUUGAACAAAAGCACAUUUCACGUUCAUCACUCUACGUUCAAUUGAACAAACGAGAUGAUAUUGCUUGUAUCAUUGUGUCAGAUAUGGCACGACGAUGGAUAACACAUAAUUCUGUUUAUAUUGAUGGUAAAAAGAUAUGGAAAAGAGAUCAUCUUACCGACGAUUCACAUAAAUUUGAUAAACAUAGUAAAAAAGUGGAUAAUAACGAAUUCGAUGCGAGACGCUGGUAUGAAAAAGAAAUGAUUCGUUAUAAACCAGAUGUGAAACAAUUUCUCUGUGAUCUUCAUCAUCCGAUCUUUCAUCAUAAAUGGGAUCAAUAUCUAUGGUUAGAACAAUUUCAACGUGUGAAAUCCAAUAAUGAUAAAGAUGAACAUACUCGUCAAUUAUUACGUAUGACAGUGAUGUUAGAUACAAUUGGUACUCUAUGUCGAAGAAAUUAUAUGAUACAUAAUCAUGAAGUAAUGUUGAAAAGAGAUGAUGAAAUGAAAUCGAUCAUUUAUGAUCAUCAAUCGAAAUUGAGUUUCGGAGGAAAGAUUCCAAUAACCGAUACAAAAUAUAAAUCAACUGUUGUUGAAGUAGUGAAAAGUGAUGGUGUUGAAGUAUAUGAACGAUUAGUUAAAAGUGGUCGACAUCCAUUACUUUUACAAAUGACACAUUGGAAACAUCCAGGUAGUGAAUAUGAAAGAAAUGAUGGUCGAGAAGAAGAAUAUCUUUUUCGACAAUCUGAUUAUUUCUGCAGUUUGAAUGAUGAUCUUGAUCAUCAACAAUCCAAUCGAAUAACUUCUUAUCAAUGUUCAUCAAAAUGUGAACUUGAAAAACUGUCGAACAAAGAUGGAAUUCGACGAAUUAGUGAUUUUGGUGCGAUUUAUACAUCAGGUGUGAAUAUAUUUCGUCGUGGAGAAGAAACUGGUUAUGCAUAUAUGGAGAAACCUCUAGAAAAUGUUUGUAUAUUAACAAUGACUGGAUAUGAAAAUCCAACAUUAGAAAAGAAAAUGUUAUCACCCAAAUAUGCAAUAGCAACACGAAAGAAAAUGGAAAAUCUCUUUUCUCUUGCUUAUCAUCAUAAACACGAUUCAAUUGUUUUAUCAACAUUUGCUUGUGAAGUCAAUAAUAAUCCUGUUGAUCAUAUUGUUCAACUCUUUAGUUCAGUCAUUGAACAAUAUGCUGGUUUCUUCAAAUCAAUUACAUUUGCUAUUCCUAAUUCUCCAGUACUUUAUGAAACAUUUGAAAAACUUGAUGGAACAGUCAAUGCAACAAAACUCAUUCGAAAAUCAAAUACAAAUUUUGGUCCAUAUCGAAUUAUAUCCGAAGAUGUUCGAGUAAAUGAUGUUAAUAUUUGUGAUUUACCACCAUGUCAAUUUGGUGGUCGAUGUCAUGAACGAAACAAUCAAGUACAUACAGAACAUUUUUCACAUCCACCUUUAUGUCCCAAAGCAUGUCUUAAUGGUAAAUGUGAUGAAACAAAAGAUCUUGUUCAUUUAUAUUCAUUUAUUCAUCGAAUUCGAUGUCAAUAUGGUGGUGAAUGUCGACAAAUUGAUGAUGAAAAACAUUGUCAAAGUUAUGAUCAUCCAUCAUAUUGUUCAAAAGAAAGUUUUUGUGAAAAUAUGGAACCAAUUCAUUUACGAGAAUAUCGUCAUUUACCACUUUGUCAAUAUUCUCAUAAUUGUAUGGAAAUAAAAAAGAAAAAUCAACAUCAUAUGAAAUCUUUUCGUCAUUGUCCUCUUAUUUGUCCACGAAAGAAUAAUUGUGUUGAUUUUCAUGAUCGAAAACAUAUGUCUGAACUUCAACAUCCAUUUUCUCGUCCAUGUCCAUUUACACCAUAUAAUUGUCGACUUCAUAAUGAAUUUAUUCAAGGAUCUGAAAGUAAUAAACCUUCACAAAUUGCUCAAACUCAUUGUCUUGAUUAUUCACAUGUUUGUCGAUUUGGUCGUCAUUGUCGUGAUCAAACUUCAUUACAUUUACAAAACUUAAUUCAUGUUGCUCGCGUGUUGUGUUCUGAUGGAGAUGAAUGUACAAAGUUAAAUGAAGAAGAACAUUUGAAUUUAUUUACACAUAAGAAUAUUCUUGAUAUUCGACUUGUUUGUCGACAUUCAAAUCAAUGUCAUGAUCGUCAUAAACUUGAACAUGUGAAGAAAUUUCGUCAUCAACUGACUUCGGAUGAAAGUGGUGUUGUUCAAUAUGUUGGUUUGAAUAAAACCAUUGAUUUUGUUCAUAAUCAUGAUGAAGCAGUGGAACGUGUGAAUGAAUAUGUUGAAAGCGAAGGUUGGGAAACAUUACCAUUAGGAACGAUUCCUGAUGAUAUUCUCAAAUAUAUUCAUCAUGUUCAACCUGUUCAUCGAUGUAAUCCAGUGAUAUUUGAAUCGAUUAUUCUUCAUGGACAUGUCAUGAGUCGAUCUUAUAUGGAAAACUUGAAGAUUCCAAAAUUUGUUGCAAAUUCUGUUUUACAACAUAGUCGAGUACGACGAAUACCAAACUUAAGUACGGCAGAAGACAAAGCACGUGCGUAUGUUAUUGCAUUGGUAAAAGAUGAAUUUGAAAAGAAUGGAUUUCCACCGAAAGACACAACAACACCAGCAGCAGCUUCUAUUGCAACAGCAUUCCCAACUGUGACAACUUUGGCAAGUGAAAUAACGAUGAGUGAAAAUCGUGUCUUAGCAUUACUCGGAAAGAAUGACACAGAUGUGUUGAAACGAGUUGCUAUUGAAAUAGCUCAAGCGUCGAUUAAACUACAUUCAAAUCCACUUGGAAUUGGUUAUAAAGUAGAUAUGGAGUUAGGAACUGAUCGAACUAUUUUUAGUGUUCUCGGACCACAUUUGGGACAUUACUAUGGAGAUAUAGUUAUUGUAUUUAAACGUGAGAUUUUACAUCAUCCAGAUGCCGAAUUCACCAUUCAAGCAGGAACUUCAUUUCAUAGUGGAAAAGCUUUUAACUGGCGUCCAUGGUUGGGUGAUGUUUUAACAGAUGUGAAUGAAAGAAUAAAACUAUUUCAUGCAUCAAAACUACAUGCAUCUGUUCCAGGUUAUGAUUAUGCUGCAGCUUUAGAAUUAAUGGCUAUUACCAGUUCAAUCUUAGACAAGAAAUCUAUGAACAUUAGUCUUCAAGAUAUUCUCACUCGAUGGAUUCAAGUUGACUCUCAUCAAACAGUCGAAGCUCAUUUACCUCAACUCAUACCAUUAGAUUAUAUUGAUCAUAUCUAUUUACCACAAAACAUCUAUGAUAUGCUCAAUGAAGCAACACAAAAAUCCAUGAAAGCAGUUUUUCGAAAUCGUGUAACGAUCACUUCACAUGAAGGAACAGAUAAACCUGGUCUUUCAUUUGGUCCAGUACCUGCAGAACCAGCACGAGUUGAAUAUCAGAAUUAUCUUACUCAAGAACUAAUCAGUAAAUUCAUGAAACAUAUCGAUACUCCAUUACCAAGAUCUAUUCAAGGUACAAUCAUUACAAUACCAUCGACACGCUUUGAUCAACAUUAUGUUUUACCUUUGACAAUUUCUCAAGCAUAUCAACAAUAUUGUUCUGAUCAUUCUCCAUCAACUGAUAUGACAAUAUCCAUCUAUUGGCAAGCAAUGAGAGGAGAUAUGAUGUUAACAUUAGCAAAUGAACAGAUCAAUCUACAAACAACACAAACAAAUCUGAGUUGUUUAGUUUGUUAUGUUGCUGAAACACCUGAGGUGGAAACCAACAAUUAUCAUGAACAUCAUUCAUAUCUGAAUAAUGAUAAACCUUUUAAACAUGAUCUUCUCGCGAAAAAUCAUAAAUAUGCAGCUGGUUCAGAUAAUUUCUAUGUUGGAUGUAACACUGGUGAUUUUCUGACAUUCUGUCUUCAACUUCAUCUUUCAACAGGAAAAGUGACAUUGUCACAUGCAGGUGCCAAUUCGAUCUAUAAUCAUGACAAAAUUAUUCAUACAUUCAAUAAAUCACAACUGGAUCUAAGUGCUUUGGAAUAUGUUCAUGUAAGUGCUGGUGCACAUACAGUGCCAAUUCGAAAUGUAAUGAUUUGUUUUGAAAAACAAAAUGAACUACAUCCAACAUACGAUAUGGAAUUCAGUUCAAGUUCAGAAUUAGUUGAUGGUAGUCUUUCUUCAAUAUCAUCUCUCAGUUCUCUGAUUCCAUGUGGAGACAAUGUCAACUGUCUUCUUCAGUUGUCACUUAGUGAAAAGGAACACAAUUCGAAGUUUUCUCAUCCAUGUCGAUUUUCCGAGCUGUGUCGAAAUCGUGAACCAAACUUAACACAUGAACCACAUCGAGUGCCAACGUGUCAAUAUGAUGAAAAGUGUAAUAAUCUCGCUGACCCGUUCCAUCGAGCAAAGUAUCGGCAUAAAGGUUAUCCUGAUUAUCUUUUACCUUGUCGUCAUCAACAGAAAUGUGAAGAUACAUCGGAACAUCAUCGAAUAAAAUAUUCUCAUGGAGAAAGAGUUUUUCUGACUAAGGAAGCAUCAGCAUUACACGAAUCUAGAGUUAAUUCUGAUAAUGAAGAUCCAAUUCCUUGCAAAUGGGGCACAAAAUGUCGAGAUAUUGGAGACAAACGACAUUGUUCAAAAUAUUCUCAUCCUGCUGUACAUAAACAUGCUGAUCACCAAAUUCCUUGCAAAUGGGGUGCAAAAUGUCGAGACACUGGAAAUCGCCAACAUUGUGAAAGAUUUUCUCAUCCUGACAUGGAAUCAUUCCUUUUAGAAGAAAAUGUCAAAAAUAAUCUGUUCAUAUCUGUUGAAGAUACAGCAGUAGGUCAAUACGAUCUUCAAGACGGCACGAUGUUCCGAGAAUGUUUUUCAAAGUACCGUCGAGAAUUCAAAGCGUCUGGGAAAACUUUGAUUUAUACUGAUGUACUUUGGCAUCUACAAUAG